AUGAACUCAACACCGCGACUAGUGCUUCUGCUGCUGUUGGGCCUUUUCAGCAGCGGCGCCAUCCUGCAAUCAACAGCCCAGCAGCCUGUGUAUGAUCUUUCGGACCAUCUCGUCAACCAUUUGGCCAAUCGUGCCAUCACACGUCACAGGCAUAAAUCCGGAAGAGACAAUUACUUGAGGGUCUUGCAAGCGUACGAUGGCAACGGCGAUGGCUCAUUGGAUCGAGAGGAGAUUUUGGCUAUGAUAAAUUCCAUCGACAAAAGUGUCGGCAAAAAAGCCGACAAUGAAGAAGUGCCCAAGUUUGUGCAUAUCAAGCGUGCGGUGGGCCUUCACGACUUUGCUGACGAAGACUUGGUGGAGCAGAUCAUGGUUCAUGUUGGCAACACUGGGACCCUGCGACACGAGACUCUUAGUAGUAUGGCCGCAGACGCCAAGCUGCGAGACGAGAACAACGACGUGUACGGUGCCACUUGCGAUCUGAUCGACCGAAAGGUUCAAGAACUGGGUCCUUCCAGCUGUGAUUUGGAGCUUCGAGCCGCUUUGAGCAUUUGCAUGAAACACGCCAGCAUCUUGAGUUCCCUGGAAUGUCUUUCCACCGCGAAGGCCCAAGAUCUUUGCAGUUGUUUCGAUACCAGCCAAUUUACCAAGCGCGAUUUCAUGCCCAUCGAGAUGAGUACGGUCAUCGCCGCCCAUACGCACGAGCUAAUUGCGCGUGCCGACUCAUUUGAAAUGACAAACUGGCCCUAUGAACUCCUCGACGGCCCCUCUCGAAGCAGGUUGACGCCAGCAAGAAUGCCUAAACUUCAGAGAAUAGGCCUUGCCGUCCUAAAAGCGGUGAUCAGGGGCGGCGCCAGGAUAGUCUUUACUGCGUUGCGGAUCGGUGGUGUCGUCCUUGGUCCCGUUGGUAUUCCAAUUGCUGCUGUGGAAAUAUUUGAAUUUUGCGUCUUAUCUCCUGCCAUUUUUAUGUUCACCGUUAUCCUGAUUGAUAGUCGAGGUUUUGACCGUGCUUCUCAGUAUCAUUUUAACGGCGCUGCAUAUCAACUAUUUUUCCUGCGACAUCACUUCCGCUUUGUUCUCACCUUGGCGGGCACUGUUACUUGGUUUGUAGAGGAUUUCAGACAUCCGAUUGAAACACUUCGAUCAACGGGGGAUCUGCUGCCAGUGGAUUUUGUUGUCUGGUCCACCGAUCAACCAGCUCCUAAAUGCUCCUUAUUACUGUACUGGUCCGAUUCGUGCGGCUUUCAAUCAACUGGGGCUAGUCAUACCUGCUCACACGACGGUCGCCGAGUUCAUGGCAAUUCAUGCGUCGACAUUGGUCGUGAUGGGAGUUGCGGUUGUGGGGAUUUUCCACUUCUUUGGUGUUCAUCGCUGUGCUGGAAAGUUACUGAAGGAUGCUGUUGUGAGGCAUUAAAGUUCCGGGACCCGGUUCCCGGAAGUUUAGCGGCAGCUUCUUCCUUUGAGGAACCUCUUGGGUCCGUGUCGGAUUGCGCCAAACUUUGCGUCCACUCACCGGGUUGCUCGGCAUUUUCGGUAAUGCCCAAUGAGGACGAUGCCAACAAGGCCGUUUGCCGCAUUUCUACGACAGAUUCGGUUGCCAUCGAGCGAAAUGACGCUGCAACUACGUUUUAUAGCAAGGGUGCUUCGGAUGAGUUUGCCGGCGGUGUUACAUUCCGUGACAUUGUUCAAACUUUGAAAGUGAUGUAUAAUUCGGAUACGUGCGAUACAGGCGGCCGCUGGGACGCUGCAAUUAAACAAGUAGGCCUGGCGCUGAUGGUUAUGGGGAACUGUUUGCGGCGCGUGGUGGAUGUAUUCCCUCAGCUUAUUAACAGCAUGAUAUCCGAUUACACCAACGUCGGAGACUUUGAUACUGCCGUUGUCAAAUUGAGAAAGUACCUGGCAGCAGGUUUAACAGCCCAGCGCGAGGUUGUGCGGGGUUGCGCAUAUCUGGACAAUCCUGAAGGUCUUGCAGCCUUUGCUGCUAUGAACAUAUACACUGCCUCUCGCGGGAUCAAUAUGGUCCCGGUGGCUGAAGACCUUUUGGGUCGGGCGACUGCGACAGGCCUUAACCCUAGCAAUGGCUAUUGGAACGGUAAUCCUUCAACAGGAGUAAAUGAGCAGAAUCAAAUUCUCACGACCAGAGGCAGACGAUCUCGCUCAGACUUUGAAGAUGAUGACCCGGUAGACCCCGACAAUCCGGAUGACCCACCUGAAGACGGCCCCGAUCCGCCAGAGGACCCAGGUGAAGAUGAUCCCGACAAGGAUUACGAGGACGCUGACAAGGAUCCAAACGGAGAACCGUUUCUGAAGAGGUUUCGUGGGUUGUUGUGCGUUAGGGUGACAGUCACUGUCACUAGAAGACCAGUGCCUCAAGAGGUUGAGUGGAUCAACCUGUAUGUCGUCAAUGAUGGACAAGCUGAUUCCAUGGUCCAAGAACAUGUCCGAUAUGAAUGUCAGAACCUGAUGCAAAAUGGGGUGCCAGUCGUAUGGAGCAGUACUAAUGUCAAAGCCUAUCCCAACGCGUGCACGCUGAAGGAAAGACGUCGCAUUUGGGUAGACGGAGGUAAAACACACACGAGAUCAACUGAGGUCUUCAAGCAACAGCUUGGACCUAUCGUUAUUGAUGGUACCGAAAAGGACUACUAUUUCGAUGAGAUUAUGGUUACGCACAAUGACGAAGAUCACUUUGCGUCGUUUUUGAAAGUACUCAGAUCUGGCGGUGACAAUCUCGGACCUAGGGGACGUUGGGUCCCUCUUCAAGCUCCAAUGACCUGGAAUAACCCCAUGGAUAUAUCAACGAGAACCAUCGUCAGUGCGACCGAGCAUAACGAUUACACAAAGGCUGUAAAUUUCCUUGCCCACUCCGUAGUUCCGCUCAUUGGUCCCAAAGCAAAGACUUUUCGACUACCUGACACAAAGAAAAAAUGGAGGGAUAUCAUUACUGCUGCCGGUCUCACGCCUCCGAACGAGCCGUGGGUGGACAGCAUGGCAUUGGUCAAUCCUGACUCUGCAGGAAAGCAAGGCCAUGCCUUCACAUCCAUUUUGUUUGAGCUGUGGCAACGCUCCAGCGACAAUGGUUUACAAGUUUCACCUGGUUAUGUCGGCGGUCGACCUCCUGGUCAAAGUUUUAGAUUGGCAGUUUCCGGAAGUACCGAUGUCUUGUGGCCGCCGACCCGUCAGCUUACCGACAUAUAUGGGAGGCGGUCUUUCGGAGGCACUAGACCUGAUAGGGUCACGACUCAAGAGCCCCUUGUGACAAGAUCCUUCUCAAGUUAUGUUGCAGAUGAACAAUGCAUGCCGGCAGAAAAUGCCCCCCUAGGAAUUGCACCCGUAUGUUCAAGCAGCCCAUUUGUCGCUCUUGAUGAGAGAGAGCUCCCGGAUAGCAAACUCGACGUGGCACCUCUAAAAAAUUAUAUCAGCAUUGUCACCCAGCCUCAUCUUGGAGCUGUGAAACUGCUUCUGACAGGUGAUGUGAUUGCCCAAAGUUUCGCAAGGUUUACAACCGGGAGAGAUUCGCACUUGGUGAAGGUUGCUCACCACGGCAGUAAAAACACCGGCAGUAGAGCUGAUGUUUCUGGUUUUACAAACGCCGAUGUUUUUGUGAUCACUGGCAAAUGGAGAGGCGGUAGGGUUGACGGGGACCAUCCCUACGCGGUCAAAUUCAUUCUCUGGAUUAUCCAGGAGCACUUCAAAGUGAGAGCCGACAAUACUUUACGCAUAUACGUUCUUGAUGCUCCUUCGGACUCCAACAUCCCCAACACGGCUUUCAGAAGAUUCAAAGAUCCAACAUUUCGCCCGGCAGACUGCAACUUUGAGAUCUGGCGGACGAAUUCAAAAAAGGCAGGCUUUUUCAAGUUCUCCACAAAGUCCACCGCUGACGACUCUGGUUCUCCCAUCGACAAAGUCGUCGAUGGCGCCGUACUCAUGGAUUUUGGUUCAAAGCCUGCCAAAGGCAAUUGCAAUCUGUCAUGGGAUAGCACCGACAAUUUUUAG